ACAUUACAUGUACAUUGAAAAUUGAAAGAACUAUUAGUAUAUAGUUAUGAGUAAUCUUCAUGGCUUAUGGAACAAUCAAAUAGUUUUAGAGAGGCUAUAUAAAGUUUAGAAUAGAAAUAGAAACUAGGACCCUUUUUUUUGAAAAUUGAAAGUCAGAUGCAUGAAUCCAUGAUUGAAGACUUUAUCCAUGCCCCAUACAAGUCUGAAGACUUUUUUUAAAUUUGUUACAUUAAUUAUUUGUUUCUUAUUUUGUAGUUACAAAGAAUUGCAAAAGAAUGAAACAAAACAAUAUAUAUUGAGGUGCUUUAUGUAUGCCAUUAAGGGAUGUGACAAAGAAGAUGACAUUAAGAUUGGGCUGCAAAGAAUUGUACCACAUAUUUUGGGAUCACAUGAUUGAAGGUUUAAAGGUUAAAUUGAAUAAUUUAGUGCAAAAAAUGAUUGGUAGAAUUAAUUCUUUAAAUGAUCUUGGAUCUAGACAGUCAAAUGAAAGCUUUAACCAGCUUGUAUCUGUAAAGGCACCUAAAUCAAGGUAUUAACAUUAAAGAAUACAGUUAAAGUUAACCACAGACUGGAAAAUCUUGUUGUGAAUCUAAAAUUGCCCACAUGAGAACAAAGAUGAAAACUGUUGUGGCUUCAGGAAAAAACAUGAUAACUGACAAAGAUAUGAAAGUUACUAUUGAUGAAGGGUCAAGUGUUGUUGGUUGUCAGGAUCAAGAACUAUUUAGAUAUAUUUUGUACAUCCUUCAAGUUGUUAUUGAAGACAAAAUUACACAUAUACCACCAUUCCACAGAAUAUGGAAUUUGGACAUUGAUGGGUUAGAGUUAAAGCCAUCUCAUAUUACAAUUGAGGAUGAAGAUAUCUUUUAUAUAAGGCCAUCUGAUAUGAUCAAUUUGCAGCUAUCAAAAGUUAAAAUUGCCGAACAAAUUCAAAGAUAUAUUUGUCUAUCUGUCAAAUCCUCCAUAAACAUAAUGUAUAUGAAGGAAAUGAUCAUGCUAGAAUUAAAAAUCUGAUACAAUUAUCAACUGAGAAAAGUAUGGAAGUAGAUGUCCCAGUGAAUGUAUUUGAUGAUGAUACUAGUGCAAAUAG